AUGGCGACUACUCUCAUGAAGGUAGAGUUAGAGAGUGAUUCUUGUGCGGUUUGUGGUUCCGCUGGUGAUUUGCUAAGUCCUGAAGAACAUGACGCUGGUGCACCGCCUAUGCAAGUGCCUCUUCGUUCAAUGCUGCUGCACCUUAAUAACAACAAGGUUGUUCCAGAAGGUCGGCUAUGUACUGACUGUAUUCGCCGGGCUAUCGAAGCAUAUGAAUUCAGCAAUGCACUAAGCACAAAAGGAGCACCGCCAUUAAGUGAAAAAAUCAGAUCUCUAAGACGUAAACUACAUGAACUGACACAGAAAAUUGAUGUAUUCAUAGUGGUUGGUGGACCAGGAGUCAAUUCUGGUGGUACAUACAGUGAGGAUGAUAUCAUCAUGGUAGAGCGUGAUGCUUUAGCGGCAGCUGCCGCUGCUGAUGAUGAAGAUCUUGAGAAAGCUAGGAAUGCCUGUGGUGAUACUGUAUAUCAAUGCUCUGUUUGCCCACUAUCAUUUCAGCGAGCAAGCGAGUACCGUGCGCAUGUAGCGCUACAUCCAGGCAGCGCUCGCCAUUCCUGUUGGACUUGCGGCGCACAGUUCGCAACGCGCGAUGCUCUCACGGAACACUCAGCGAUGCACGCAACCCCUGAUAUCGUGAAUUCCACUUGUCGCCUCUGCCAUACUAAUUUUCAGAGCCACUCAGAUCUCCGUCGUCACGAAGCGACUUGCGAAGCCCGUUGCCCUCUAUGCGGGGUGUGCUUUGCUUCGCGUGCGUCUCUGUCUGCGCACGCGAACGCUUCGCAUUCGACCAGUGCGCCAUUUUUAUGCGGAGUUUGCUUCCGGUGCUUCACCACGCGGGAACUGUUGGCCGCGCAUCGUUUGCGCCACCGCCACGCUGAUCGCUUCGUCUGCGGAUAUGACGCGUGUAUACUACGCUUCGCAACAAGGAGCGACCUCUUGUCGCACAUCCGCAAGUGCCACAGUGGCGCGGCCGAGUCGGAGCCCGAGCCUGAGCCACAGCCCGAGCCGCAGCCCCCGCCCUCCACCAACUGUCCACAUUGCCCGCGCACGUUCGGGUCAGUUGCAGCGAUGAAACGCCACAUGCGCGUACAUCGCAACGAACUGAAUACGCAACAGGCGGACGGUGUCGAGUGGAGGGUCGUUAUGAGGGGAGAUGGUGAAAUGGAAAUAGAGGGAGGGGGCGAGGUGGAGUAUCUUGAAAUGGAUACAUUGGAAGAUAUGGUGGACUUACAGACUGAAUGA